ACCCUAUGUAUCAUACGGAAAACAGCUGAUGAUAACAAAUAACUUGGACAUAUCCCAUUGUGAAAAUAGGAGUUUGGUCAAUGGUACAUUUUUUCAAAUCUUUGUAAACAAAACUAAGUAAAAAUAAAGGUAAAGAUGUCACGAUUUAGUGGAGCCUUACAGUUAACUGAUCUAGACGACUUCAUCACUCCGUCACAGGAAUGCAUCAAACCAGUGCCCAUAGAAAAGACCAAGUCGAAGACUGGGGCUAAGAUUACCAUACAGGAAGAUGGUUAUUAUGAAGAAACCGUGACAGGUAAGCAAAAACUCCAAAAAGUGGAAAUAACACUUCAGGAUUGUUUGGCUUGUUCUGGUUGUAUCACAUCGGCCGAAGGUGUACUUAUCACACAACAAAGUCAAGAGGAACUAUUGAGAGUUCUACGUGAAAAUGUUGCAUUAAAACGUCGCAAUACCAAAGAGAGUAUACGUACAAUUAUUGUAACUAUUUCGCCUCAGCCCGUCAUUAGUUUAGCUCAGCGCUACGACUUAACGCCGGAAGAAGCUGCGAAGCAUUUAAGUGGCUAUUUUAGGUCUCUUGGAGCAGAUUAUGUAUUGAAUACAAAAAUUGCCGAUGAUUUAGCGUUACUCGAAUGUCGCAACGAAUUUGUGGAACGCUUUCGCGAGGCGACAGCUUCCGAUGCGGCUGAUGAGCAACUUUUACCGAUGCUUUCUUCGUCAUGCCCAGGUUGGGUUUGUUAUGCGGAGAAGACACAUGGUAAUUUCAUUUUGCCUUUCAUUGCCACGACGCGUUCGCCGCAGCAGAUAAUGGGAGUUCUGGCAAAGCAAUGGAUGGCGCAAAAAUUAGGCGUACCAUCUGAACGUAUUUAUCAUGUGACGGUAAUGCCAUGCUAUGACAAGAAGUUAGAAGCUUCGCGAGAAGAUUUUUUUAACGAAACUAAUAACUCUCGAGAUGUCGAUUGCGUAAUUACUUCAAUCGAAAUAGAACAAAUGCUCACGAUUGAUGACAAACCAUUGAAUACAUUUUCACCAUGUGAAAUGGAUUGGCCAUGGAGUACCCGUUGUCCAGAAGCUGCAGUUUGGGCGCAUGAGUACUCCACUUCUGGCGGAUAUGCAGACCAUAUAUUUAAAUAUGCUGCAAAAGAAUUGUUUACAAAAGAUGUUGAAAAAUUGGAAUAUAAAAAUCUGAGGAAUCCGGAUUUCCGUGAAAUAACAUUGGAAUAUGGCGGCCAAACCUUGCUUAAAUUUGCGAUUGCUAAUGGUUUUCGGAACAUACAAAAUUUGGUACAAAAACUGAAACGUGGUAAAACUCCAUAUCACUUUGUGGAAGUUAUGGCUUGCCCAUCAGGAUGUAUAAAUGGCGGUGCCCAAGUACGACCACCUGUAGGGAUUUCUGUACAUGAGAUGAAUCAACAAUUAGAGGAACUUUAUAAGCAAUUGCCGAAAUCGAUACCAGAAAAUGAAGAUACUAAGCUUAUUUAUAAUAAAUUUUUCGACGGUGCGCACAGCGAUAAAGCAAAAAUGUUGCUGCAUACCGGUUACCAUGCGGUGGAGAAAAUGAAUACAGCGCUUAAUAUUAAAUGGUAAAUGCUAUUUGAGACACGAAAAUUUUAUAUUGAAUUUACAAAUGAAAAAUGAAAUAAAAAAUUUUAAGCGCACUAAAAUAAAUCAGAAAUACUUUGUUUCGCCUAAAUUAUAUAAGCAGUUU